CGCCAGGUCCACCAGUCAUCACGGAGGUCACCUCAGAUUCUGGAUCAGCUGAGGUCACUUGGACACCUCCUGAAGAAGCAAAUGGUGUAAUUUCAGAGUAUGAGAUCAAUUUUAAGAACGAUAAGAAACCUAAAACAGAAGGAGCGGAUGGAAUGAUGACUUCGGUUACGGUUACUGACUUAGAAGAAUGUGAGGAUUAUGUUAUUACUGUUAAAGCUAAAACUGAAUUAGACUGGGGAGACGAGUCAGACAGCUAUUAUACUACCAUCAAUGGUAUUGUUGCACCAAGUGAAGUGAAUUGUGAUCAGAAAGGUUAUACAGUCAAUGUUUGCUGGACACCUUCUCCUGCAAGUUGCUCUCCUAAACCCACCUACAUCAUCACCUGGGAGGGAGACAUGAAGUGGACAGACAAUAAUACACAUGUGGCUGGCAGCUUUUCCAUGGAAUGGGAGAAUAACAGUUCGUUAUGUCACCUGUUGGACACACUUGUGCCAUAUACAGAAUACAUUGUUGAUGUCAGUGUGCCAGGCACCAACCCCAGCACCAACCAGCGGUGCUCCUCGUCGAUACUCGUACCAGACGCUGCUCCUGGACCUCCUGUUUUGAAGGAUCUACUAGUUAAUCACACAUCAUUGUUGGUCAGUUGGGAUCAUCCCAGGAUCGAGAAUGGCUUCAUUGGUCACUACCAAGUGUUCUGGAGGGACACAAGCAGGACACCCUGA